UUCAACAGCCCAUCACCACCCUUCUUCUUCCUGCUUCUUUCGAACAAGCUUCCAUGGCCAAAUUUCUCCCUUUUCUCCUCCUCUUCUCUCUUUCCUUCAUAGUUGCUCAAGCAAAACAGAACGAUACCGUUUCCAUCUCUUUUCCUCUCACUUCCCUCCGUUUCUUGCCGGACACUUUGAAUCCUUCGUUGGUCGCGGUGAGUAAGCAUUCGCCGAGGCGUCAGCCCAGGGCACGGUCGUCGUCGUAUAAUUACAAGACGACGUUCAAGUAUUGGAUGGCGUUGAUCGUGGCUUUGCCUAUUGGGACGCCGCCGCAGACGCAGCAGAUGGUGUUGGACACCGGGAGCCAACUGUCCUGGAUUCAGUGUCAUAAGAAGGCUCCCCGGAAACCGCCGCCGACGGCGACGUUUGAUCCUUCUCUUUCGUCGUCUUUCUCCGUGGUGCCGUGCAAUCAUCCUCUCUGUAAGCCCCGGAUUCCCGAUUUUACCCUACCGACGUCGUGCGACCAGAACCGUUUGUGUCACUAUUCUUACUUCUACGCCGACGGAACACUCGCCGAGGGCAACUUGGUCAGAGAAAAGUUUACCUUUUCCCGUUCCCAGAGUACCCCACCUUUGAUCCUCGGUUGCGCCACCGAUACUAGCGAGGACAAGGGUAUUUUGGGAAUGAACAUGGGACGGUUCUCCUUCGCUUCACAGUCCAAAAUCUCCAAGUUCUCCUACUGUGUCCCAACUCGUCGGAGUCAACCCGGUUUUUCUCCGACUGGAUCGUUUUACCUCGGAGAAAACCCGAAUUCUCACGGGUUUAAAUACAUAAACCUCUUGGUCUUCCCCCAAAGCCGGUCCAUGCCGAAUAUGGAUCCUUUGGCGUACACUCUGCCCCGGGUUGGGAAAAGACUCGGAGCCAAGAAGCUACCAAUCCCGGUUCAAGUAUUCCGACCCGACGCCGCCGGAUCGGGUCAAACCAUGAUCGACUCCGGUUCCGAGUUCACUUACUUGGUGGACGAGGCGUAUAACAAGGUACGUGAAGAGGUGGUAAGACUCAUCGGUCCAAGGCUCAAAAAGGGCUACGUGUACGGCGGAGUUGCCGACAUGUGUUUCGACGGCAACCCAAUCGAGAUCGGACGGUCGAUAGGCGACAUGACGUUCGAGUUCGAGAAAGGGGUGGAGAUCACGGUGGACAAACACCGGAUCCUAGCCGACGUCGGCGGUGGGGUUCACUGCAUGGGGAUCGGACGGUCCAACAUGCUGGGGAUCGCGAGCAACAUAAUCGGGAACUUCCAUCAACAAAAUCUAUGGGUGGAAUUCGAUCUCACGGGCAGGAGAGUGGGAUUUGGUAAGGCUGAUUGCAGCAGAUCAGUAUAGAAUUUUUUUUUUUGGAUCUGUAAUCUGUAAUCGUACGUGCAUGGGGGUGAAAAAAAUAUAAUCGGACGGUGGAGAUGCAACGAUGGUAAAUGGGAAAGUGUCAUGUUCUUCACAUGGGUUUUUCUAGGGACAUUAUUGGAACAGCUGUUUCUCCUUAGGGCAGUUGCAUGUACUUCACUUUCCGGUUGCAGCUGCAGUGUUGUCUGGUAUUCAUAGUGGAAGGAAUGGGACACACCUUUGUGUGUGUUUGUGUGUGUGUGAGAGAGAGAACUAAGUUAGAUUUUUGUAUAUACGAGGAUGUAA